AUGUCAUUAACCUUGAAACUCUCUUCCUUGGCAAUUCGGACUUUAUCCAAGCCUAUCGCCUCUCAAAUCAAAGCCCAAGCCCGUGAACAUGAACGCUUUCGCAAGGUCUGCGUCUCUAUCGCCCAAGCGCUUCACCGAUUCGAUAUGCGUAUCCGACUAGGCUCCAUCCGCGAUACUGCCACCUCCCAACGUCAAGAUGCCGCCGCCGCCGAAGCUCGAAAACACAAGCCCACAAUCCCCACAGUGCGAAACGCAGCCGACACGAAGGCCGCAGAGGACGCAGAGGCCAAAGCCAAGGCUGCAGCAGAAGAGGCGGCCAAGCCCCAUCAUUAUCGUAUCCGCCCCCUAUCUGAGUCUAAAGCUAUCGAGUCCGGUGCCAACUUCAUCUCCGAAUCCUUUCUCUUCCUUGUCGCAGGAGGUCUGAUCCUCUUUGAGUCGUGGCGGUCACGGAACAAGGAAAGCACACGGCGUGAAGGCGUGGAGGGAAGAUUAGCAGAUCUGGAACAAUCAGAAAAGGCGGCACGUGAAGCUCUGGUGGCACUAGAAAAGGAGCUGCUCCAGCUAAGAGCAAAGCACGGCGAUUUGCCCAAGUUGUCUACGAAGAGGAUUCUGUCUCCGGAGAUCUAUGAACAAGCGCCAGAGCCGGAUAUGCCAGAAGUUCCACAAGGGUGGCUCUCACGCAUUUCCUCGUAUAUCUCUUUUGGUCAAACUGCGGAGAAGACGACCGAGUCUGCACCUAAAAUCCAGCCCACAACAAAUAAGGCUGCACCGACAACCUCAACUCCCGACCCGUCUGCUGCAUCAGCUAGUCAGACGUCAUCAUCUACAUCGAAAAGCUUGUGA